AUGAUUUGGAAUAAAACAACAAACGAAGAUAAACGAAAGGAGCACCAAAAAGAGUUGGCAAAGCGUCUCAACGAGACUGCCAAAGAACGUCUCGCCGAACAAACCGGAAAAAAAGAUACGAAAACGGUGAAAAAAUCGAACGUUUCCUACAAAAGCUACGAGAAAUUCCCGAAAGAGCCAGAAGUGGACAAGUUGAACAUAUAUGUGGAUCGUCGGCAUGACUCGAUAAUAUUGCCUGUGUUCGGUGUGCCCGUGCCGUUUCACAUCUCGAUGAUCAAGAAUACGAGUCAGUCGAUUGAAGGCGACUUCACCUAUUUGCGUAUCAAUUUCAUGCAUCCUGGCUCGCAGAUAGGCAAGGAUAGUCAACAGUUCCCGCAUCCGUUAUCGACUUAUGUGAAGGAAUUAACCUACCGAAGUAGCAAUAUAAAAGAACCCGGAGAGAUCAAUGCGCCGAGUAAUAAUUUGAGUACGGCGUUUCGAUUGAUCAAAGAGAUGCAAAAGAAAUUCAGAACGCAGGAAGCAGAAGAGCGAGAGAAGGAAGGCGCAAUCAAACAGGAUAAAUUGAUUCUGUCGACAGCAAAGGGAAAUCCAAAACUGAAGGAUUUGUUUGUGAGGCCGAAUAUCAUCGCGAAACGAGUGAGUGGCUCGUUGGAAGCACAUGCUAAUGGUGAGUAA